AUGGGGCUGCCGGCAGCAGGAGCGGUGGUGGCAGCUGGGGAAGCGGAGGACUUGAGCGAGCAGGUGAAGAGGCGCCUGCUGCAGGAGGAUGUUGAUAAGGACGCCCAGAUCAAAGUUGACGUCGAUGGCGAUGGUCAGAACGAUGAUAAUCAUGUUCGUAAUGGUGAUGGUCGUGACGAUGGCGGCGGCGGCGAUGACACGCUGGCAGCGGCGGCCGGGCUAGAGGAGGGCGCGGUCACGGCACGCAAGCGCAGCAGCAGCAGUGUUGGCAACGCCGCGGCGCCUGUCGCGCAAAAGCGGCGCUCGCGUGGCCGGGCCGACCGCGCCCGCCCCAAGCGCCUUCGGCAGCGACAAGGGGCCGGAGAGGGCGCCGCCAGCGGCGCAGCCGGGGCGCAGGCGGGGGCUGAUCUUGAGGAAGCAGCAGCGGCCCGGGAUGAGGCUGCAGGCGAGGCGGCUGGUCCAGGCGCCACCAGCGGGCCCGAAGCUCCGGCGAUCGCCGCAGCCGCCGCCGGCCAGCGCUUGGCCGUUGGAGGGCCGCGCCAGCCAGGGCAGCAGGAGCAGCAGCAGCAGCAGAAGAAGAAGAAGCCGCGCGUGUCCACCGCGCAGGCUGUGCUUCGCAUGGUGUUUUACUCGUGGGUCAGCACGUACAACCUCGUGGCGAUAUCCUCCCUGUGGGCGCGCUGCGCGGACGUGUUUUCCGAAACAGGGACGCGCCUCUUCGGAUUCAUAUCGGCCGGCGCCACGCUCGGGCAGCUGUGCGGCAGCGUCGUCGCACUAGCGUUGACCUCGCGCAGCGGGGCCGCCGCCGGCGAGCACGCGGCUGCGGCGGCGCGCGGGCCGGCGGCGGCGCCGGCGCCGGGGUCGAGCCAGCUGGUGCUGAUGUCAUCGGCGCUGCUGCUCGUGGCUUCGCAGCUCGCCCCGCGCAUACGCCUGCACGCCGCCCCCGGCUCCGCCGCGCCCGACCGCGGGGCCACAGACCCUGGGGGCGGCCCUGCGCGGGGCGCGCCGGCGCCGGCGCUGCGGCGGCGCCACAGCGGCAGCGGCGCCGCCCUGCCCUUGGUUGCGGGCGCGUCGCUGCCAGAGGAUAGCAACGGGCCGCACCUGCAGCCCCAGGCCCGUCCCGACAAGCUGUUCAGCGGUGCAGGCGGCGCGGGCCCCGCUGCGUCGCCGUUUCCGGCGGCCGCUCAGGGGCAAUCCGUGAUCGAGCCCGACGGCGCGGCGGCGGCGGUGGCGGCGGCGGCGGCGGGGGAGGCGGUGCCGGUGCGGUCGGUGCUGACUGAUCUGGUCGCUGGCUUCAGGCUGAUCCUGGCCAGCGAGUACCUGCUGCUGGUGUGCGCCUACCUGCUCAUCACAUAUGUGGUGGGCAGCCUGCUCUACUUUGAGCGCGCCCUGGUGGUGUCCAAGACCAUGACGGGCGCGGGGGAGCGCACCACCUUCUUUGCUUGGCUCAACUCAUGGAGUGCCACCCUCAUCGCGCUGUGCCAGCUGUUUGCCACUGCGGGGCUGCUGCGCGUGCUGGGGGUGCCGCUGGCGCUGGCGUCGGGCCCGGCCGUGUGCCUCGCCGGGCUCGCGCUCGUCGCGCUGAGGCCGUCCCCCAGCACCAUAGCGGGGGUGGAGGUGGUGCGCAAGGUGGUGGGGUACGCCGUCAUCAGGCCCGCCAGGGAGGUUCUGUUCACGGUCGUGUCCCGCACGGAAAAGUACUCGGCAAAGCUGGUGAUCGACAUGGUGGUCCAGCGCCUGGGCGACUCGAUCGCGGCAGCUGCCUUCCAGCUGCUGGACGUGCAGCUGCAGCUCGGCGUGGGCGGCGUGGCCAUCGCCGGGUGUGCCACGUGCGGGGCGUGGCUGGUGGCUGCGGUGCGGCUGGGGCGGGUGCACGUGCGGCUGGCGCAGGAGCGGCAGCGGCACGAGGACGGCCGGCGGCAGAAGCAGGACGUGUAA